AUGCCCAUCCGGCCCUUGGAUGACUGGCUCGCCAGCCGUCAUUCCUCUCUUCCCCUCUCCGCCCUCAAAGGCGCCGUCGUCGGAAUUGAUGCGUCGCACUACAUCUCCCAGCACCUUCUUCACCACUCCACCCGCGAGCCUCUGCUGGUCGCCCUGGGUGGCUUUCCGUUCGCACUCAAGAGUAAUAUCGAAAGAGAGUUACGUCUACUCAAAGAGCUCGGAAUUGCAACCCUCUUCGUCUUCAAUGGCCUAGACUUUGGCACCAAAAACCAACGACCCCACGUCUCACCGGAGUCGGUCCGUGCCUUCGAACAAGCCUGGGAUCUCUACGACCAGCAACAGGCCGACCAGGUCGUGGAUGCGUUCAGCGGAGCCGGCACCCCUCGGCCGGAAACUCUCUAUCGCUUUUUGCAGCGUAUCCUGCGCCAAAAUGGCGUGGACUACCUCGUCGCCCCCUACAGUGCUGCGGCUCAGCUGUCCUACCUUGCGAAAGGAACCAACCCCCUCGUUGAUGCCAUCUGUGGACCAACUGAAGUCCUCCUGUUCGACGUCGACAAGUUGAUUACUCGCAUUGACAUCGACCCGGCCCAGUUUCACUGGGUUACCAAGCAGACAUGUCAGGAGGAGCUUACUCGUCUUUCCAAUGAGCAGUUCCUCGAUUUCUGUCUCCUCCUUGGGUCUUCCUUCCUGCCCACCUUUCCUGCCUUCGAAAAUCCUCAAUUCCCUGGCAAGUUUACUCUGCAACAUGCGCUCCAGAUGUUCAACUUGGGCGGACGCAGUGCACUGUCUCUUUGUGCUCAGUUUGAAGACAACCCUCGUGUUCUGGACCUCCAAUACACCGACCGCUACAAGCGUGCCUUAAUGACCGUCAAACACCAUGUCUACAUGGAUGAAGAAGGCCGGGUUGGCCCUAUGGACCCUGAAAAUACCUCCAACGAUAUGCAUGAGUUGAUAGGCCAGCGCCUGCCGGAAGAGCUUUACUUCUACCUCUCCAAAGGUGUUCUCGGCCCGGACGUCCCCAACUACCUGACCUCUGGCGAGGUACUUGUUUCUCUCCCUCUAGGAGUAGAGGAUACGGAGAUCUACCGCCACGUCGCGGGUAGCGCCCUUACCCCAAUCCGCACACAGGCCAUUUGUCUUUUGUCCAAUUCCCUCCACCGAUUCUAUCAAACCAAAGUGAUUAAUGUCCGCACCUGGUAUGACGAAAAGUCAGACUCGUCGAUCAACCUCAAAACGAUUCCCUCUGUCAAGGAAAGCAUCGCGCCUUGGAAGAUUCGGUCCAACCAGCUCCCUGACUCGCUGAAGAAGCUGCAGGAGUCCUGUGGCUUGUUCAAGUUUGCCGUCCAGAGCCUGAAGGACUCGGACUUUGCCUCCAAAUCUUUGAAAGCCAGAGAGUCUCAGCCAUUGUCGUCACAAGAUGAAAUCCUCGCCAAUGUGUUCUGGCGGUUCUUGCAACUCCGAGGGUAUAUUGAUGAAAAAACCCACCAGCUUACGCAGUGGGGUGCUUGCCUGGAGCAGGCGCUCUCCGUCUUGGACCCGUCGGAUACGCUUGAAGAGGCUACAUUCCUCGCAAUUGAGAUGCUUCGUUUCGGACUUCUCAAUUCCAAGCAGUGGUUCUCCCAUGUCUCGGGAGGACCAAUGCGGGGAUCAGAUGAGGACAAGAGCUUCAAUAUGUUGGUGUCCCGCGUGGCGUGCAUCGCCAAGUUACAGCAUAAGAGCAUCGGAUACUCGGGCCCUCUCAGCAGACAGUUGCUAUGCUACCGCUCUCUGGUUUCGGAGGUUCGGUCUGCGUUACGGAAUCUGAUCGAGGUGGUUUUGACUGGUCUCCUUCUCAGCGGCGAUGCUGAUCGGGAGCGGUCCGACUGGAACGACCUGAGUAUUAGACUCCCGUUCAUUGACGAUAACGACUGCGGCCUUGGAAUUGCCGUGCGCACGUACCUGGAUGACCUGCCUCUGCAGGCCGAUCCGCUCAGCGCGGAGGCACGGGCCGAGGUGAAGUCGAAGGGCAAGGAAUGGUUCCAGCACAGUGACAGUUUCACGGGCAACUUGGACAUGGCAUUCAAGUUGUGGGAUGCGGUCUACAAGGGGACGCAGCAUGCGGGCAAGGAGUUCAAGGACAGCAAGACAUUUGAGGCUGCGAACGCCUGGCUCGCAGACAGACGGUGA